UUUCCUUCUUUGUCACCUCAGGCAAAGGAAAGAUUUAGAAAGGUUCAAGAGAAUGGUUUUUUGUUUGUUUGUUUUUUGUUUUUUUUUUGCAGGGGUGGUCACUCCUAAAUCCAGGCAAGAAAGGGGAGGAGUCUGAGCCAAGUCCCUCCUCCUCCCCCUGGCACUUGUAUCUCCUAAACGUGACCCAGGCUGGAGUUUGAAAAGCUGGGAGUAGCUGUCCACCGCGAACUAGCCCCAUGGUUUCGGUUACCAGAACCGUGUUUGGAGAGCUGCCCUCGGGGGGAGGGACAGUGGAGAAGUUCCAGCUGCGGUCAGACCAGCUAAGUGUGGACAUCAUCUCCUGGGGCUGCACCAUCACGGCUCUGGAGGUCAAAGACAGGCAGGGGAAAGCUUCAGACGUGGUGCUCGGCUUCCCCGAGUUGGAAGGUUACCUCCAAAAGCAGCCCUACUUUGGAGCAGUGGUUGGGAGGGUAGCCAACCGAAUUGCCAAAGGAAGAUUCACACUGAAUGGGAAGGAGUAUCACCUGCCCAUUAACAGAGAGCCCAACAGUCUUCAUGGAGGAUUCAGGGGGUUUGAUAAGGUCCUCUGGACCCCUCAGGUGUUGUCCAAUGGCGUCCAGUUCUCCCGCAUCAGUCCAGAUGGUGAGGAAAGCUACCCUGGAGAGUUGAGAGUCUGGGUGACGUACACCCUGCAAGGUGGGGAACUUGUAGUCAACUACAAAGCACAGGCCAGCCAGACCACACCAGUCAAUCUGACAAAUCACUCUUAUUUCAACUUAGCAGGCCAGGGCUCCCCAAAUAUAUAUGACCAUGAAGUCACCAUCGAAGCAGAUGCAUAUUUGCCUGUGGAUGAAACCCUGAUUCCUACAGGACUUGUUGCUCCAGUGGAAGGAACUGCAUUUGACCUGAGGAAGCCAGUGGAGCUUGGAAAACACCUGCAGGAGCACUGCCUCAAUGGUUUUGACCACAAUUUCUGUCUGAAGGGGUCUAAAGAAAAGCAUUUUUGUGCCAGGGUACGUCACCCUGGAAGUGGACGAGUACUGGAAGUGUACACCACCCAGCCUGGCGUCCAGUUUUACACAGGCAACUUCCUGGACGGCACCCUGAAGGGCAAGAGCAGAGCAGUCUAUCCCAAGCACUCUGGUUUCUGCCUUGAGACCCAGAACUGGCCUGAUGCAGUCAAUCAGCCCCACUUCCCUCCUGUGAUGCUGAAGCCUGGGGAGGAGUACAACCAUACUACCUGGUUCAAGUUCUCUGCAGCCUAAAGGCUGAAGACGACCUGGUUCAGGACCAGGCUGGGUCCUCACUAGCCUGCCUCCUAUCCAGAGAUGAGGUGAAGAUUUAGAAGCUUUGAAAGUGAUCCUGUGUGUUAAACCAUAUAGAUGAUAGCUGAAUAAUCAGCCUGAAUAUUGAUUUCCUUUUCCAACAACUGGCUUCAGGCCCUGUCUAAUGAUCAGCUCUAUUCUCUGUGCAGUUCAGAGGGCAAAUGACCCCAGCAACUAAUGCUAUCAUCUAAGGCCCUAGCCCAGAAGUGGUUCCGGGGGACUCUCAUGCUAUUAUAGGCUCCAGCACUCUAUCCUACCUCUGUCUUUUUUUCCUCACUCUUCCUUUCUUUUGAUGGUACUCAUUUUCUGUCUCUUCUCAAACCACCCAUCAGAAGUUAGUAACAAUCUUAACAAUGACUUGAGUUCAGGUUAUGCAAAUUCAAGUCCACUUCUUUGCCUCUACCUUUCUCUAAACAUUCCCAAGGUCACUGAAGGGCAAAAAGGAGUCUGGACCCUGCUUUGCCCGAACAUUUCUUCUUAGAUUCACUUUGGGAGCUAAGGAGGUGGCUCGACAGUUAAAAGCACCUGAACUCUUGCAGAGGACUGAAGUUCAGUUCAGCACCCAUGUCAGGUGCCACCCUUUUCUGGCCUCACAUGCAUAUACAUACACACACAUAAUUUAAAUUUUUUUUUAAUCUUAAAAUUUUUUAAAUUCACUUUAUAAGCAUUAGGGUCAGUUGAACUAUCUUUUAGCCUUAGAGGCAGUAUGAGUUAAAGCAUAAGAUCCAAAUAUCCUGAAAGAAUUUAGAUUCCCUGCUUUUGAGGUUAACUAGAAAGCCCAGCCAAGGUGUGGGCAGAAACAGAAACACCAGGGACAGGAGCUGAAUGGGAAAGCCUCACUCCAGCAGUGCCCAGAGGAUCACACUUUACAGGAAGCAGAUUCUGUGUUAAGGCGAUGAAUGGCAUGGCUGGAGGAUCUUCUCCUAAUGAAUGAUUGAUUAUAUCAUUAGUGAUGGAUUUGGGCUGGUGAUUUUUUUUUCAGGGAGGGGCCAAUGAUUUUGAAAGAAAUUUAUUUUAUACUAUAGUUAUCUACUACAAUCAGUUGAAAUAAAGUCAAAAUCUGAAUCUUCAACA